AUGGCCGCCCGAGUGAUCGCGGUGGCUCUGGUCACCGUGGCCGCUGGCCUAGAGCCACUGGGCCUCGAUGAUGAGUGCGGCGGCGAGGAGCAGUGCGCCCUGAACGCACUGCAGCGGCGUGGCCAGGCGGUGGCUGCAUCGCAGGAGCAGGCGGAGGGGGCCGGUGGGCCGAAGUGUGCGAGCCUCCGUGACCCCUCCAACGACAACUGCCGCUCCACGGUCGAGUGGGUGCACAACGGGGGCAAGUAUGACAAACACGGCCCGGAGUGGUUCAAAGACAUGAAGAUCAUCGCGGGCGUGGACGACUACAAACAGGCGAGCCUUGAUGACUGGCAGAAGCUGUACUUCUGCGCACCGCCGGGAGGCAAGCAGUGUGGCUCGCCACCCUGCAGCUGCACAAACCCUCCCUGUGAUGUCUGCAUCAAGGGCAAGAGCACCGCCAAAUGCACAGACGAGGACAGCAUCGCGUGCAAGCCACCGGCCACGGCUCUGGACUACAACGGCAUGGCCUGGGAGGACAUGAACAUUACUGGCACAGGCCCUUUCCAUGUCUUUGCUAUUGGCGACUGGGGCGGCCUGGAUGGCACGUUGAACCCAAUCGAGGGUCGGCCGAACCUCGUUGCAUACCCUGCAGGGACGAAGGCCGGGCCAAGCGUCUUCCCGAGAACACGCUACAACAAGCAGCACACGAAGCUGCUCUGCAAUCACAAGCAGUUUGUCGAAUGCUACAAGACGAUGGGGCGUAUGUGCGAUCCCGGAUGUGGUUUCGUGAAGGGCAUCGACGAUCAGCCGCAGACACUGGUGGCCAGCUCGUUCAAGGCCCGUGCGGCCAAAGUGAACCCACAGUUCAUCUUGAACGUCGGCGACAACUUCUACUGGGGUGGCAUCGAGAAGACCUGUGGCACGCCAAUGACCGAGCUGGCUUACGUGACACACCACCAGUUCGACCAAGUUUUCGAGAGCGUCUACAACGGGCCGGGCUUGGAUGGCAAGCCGUGGCUGAGCGUCCUGGGAAACCACGACUGGGGAGGCCGUGUCUUCAACAACGGCUGGGACCAGCAGAUUGCCUACACCUGGCAGAGCGAUCGCUGGAGACUGCCUGCGGCAUACUGGAGCCAACACGUCAACUUCGUGGACGCCGGCUUCACCAUGGACAUCUUCAUGGUCGACUCGAAUGCCCAAGACGCGGAGGAUCCGGAAUUGGACCCGGAGCACAACGUCUGCGGAAUCAAGCACAACCCGGCCGGAGCAAACUGCGAGUCGCAAGGCGGACCGACGUCCGUGGCUACAUGCAAGGCAUGGUUUUGGGACCUGUGGCGCAAGAAUCAGGAGUGGCUGACCGAGCAGUUGAGCAAGUCCACUGCGGACUGGCAGCUCGCCGUCACGCACUUCCCCUGCGGCUUCGAGAAGAACUACUGGGCAGCUUGGCAGACUUGGGCAGUGGGUCAGCAUCCUUGUUUUGUGGCCGCGUGUCCGGCCCUCGCUCUCAGGCAUGGGCUGGACCUCCUGGUGACCGGGCACCGCCACGACCAGGAGCUGUGGAGCCCAAACAGGCUCGGAGGACUCACCUGCUUCGUGACCGGUGGCGGCGGUGGCAUCUCCUCCGAAGCCACGCCGAACAUCCACAACAAGAGGGAUUGGUACGGCGAGGCCCAGUACGGCUUCUACGACCUCCUGAUCUCCAAGCGCUCCAUCGAGAUCACCUCCAUCAACUGGAAUGGCUACGAGAUCAUGACGCGGACCGUGUACCCUAAGGACGUGGCCUUGCUUGAUGCUUUGGCCCAGGUCUCCGGCGACAUGGCCGCCCGAGUGAUCGCGGUGGCUCUGGUCACCGUGGCCGCUGGCCUAGAGCCACUGGGCCUCGAUGAUGAGUGCGGCGGCGAGGAGCAGUGCGCCCUGAACGCACUGCAGCGGCGUGGCCAGGCGGUGGCUGCAUCGCAGGAGCAGGCGGAGGGGGCCGGUGGGCCGAAGUGUGCGAGCCUCCGUGACCCCUCCAACGACAACUGCCGCUCCACGGUCGAGUGGGUGCACAACGGAGGCAAGUAUGACAAACACGGCCCGGAGUGGUUCAAAGACAUGAAGAUCAUCGCGGGCGUGGACGACUACAAACAGGCGAGCCUUGAUGACUGGCAGAAGCUGUACUUCUGCGCACCGCCGGGAGGCAAGCAGUGUGGCUCGCCGCCUUGCAGCUGCACAAACCCUCCCUGUGAUGUCUGCAUCAAGGGCAAGAGCACCGCCAAAUGCACAGACGAGGACAGCAUCGCGUGCAAGCCACCGGCCACGGCCCUGGACUACAACGGCAUGGCCUGGGAGGACAUGAACAUUACUGGCACAGGCGACUGGGGCGGCCUGGAUGGCACGUUGAACCCAAUCGAGGGCCGGCCGAACCUCGUUGCAUACCCUGCAGGGACGAAGGCCGGGCCAAGCGUCUUCCCGAGAACACGUUACAACAAGCAGCACACGAAGCUGCUCUGCAAUCACAAGCAGUUUGUCGAGUGCUACAAGACGAUGGGGCGUAUGUGCGAUCCCGGAUGUGGUUUCGUGAAGGGCAUCGACGAUCAGCCGCAGACACUGGUGGCCAGCUCGUUCAAGGCCCGUGCGGCCAAAGUGAACCCACAGUUCAUCUUGAACGUCGGCGACAACUUCUACUGGGGUGGCAUCGAGAAGACCUGCGGCACGCCAAUGACCGAGUUGGCUUACGUGACACACCACCAGUUCGACCAAGUUUUCGAGAGCGUCUACAACGGGCCGGGCUUGGAUGGCAAGCCGUGGCUGAGCGUCCUGGGAAACCACGACUGGGGAGGCCGUGUCUUCAACAACGGCUGGGACCAGCAGAUUGCCUACACCUGGCAGAGCGAUCGCUGGAGACUGCCUGCGGCAUACUGGAGCCAACACGUCAACUUCGUGGACGCCGGCUUCACCAUGGACAUCUUCAUGGUCGACUCGAAUGCCCAGGACGCGGAGGAUCCGGAAUUGGACCCGGAGCACAACGUCUGCGGAAUCAAGCACAACCCGGCCGGAGCAAACUGCGAGUCGCAAGGCGGACCGACGUCCGUGGCUACAUGCAAGGCAUGGUUUUGGGACCUGUGGCGCAAGAAUCAGGCGUGGCUGACCGAGCAGUUGAGCAAGUCCACUGCGGACUGGCAGCUCGCCGUCACGCACUUCCCAUGCGGCUUUGAGAAGAACUACUGGGCCGGCUUGCACCAGCAGCAUGGGCUGGACCUCCUGGUGACCGGGCACCGCCACGACCAGGAGCUGUGGAGCCCAAACAGGCUCGGAGGACUCACCUGCUUCGUGACCGGUGGCGGUGGAGGCAUCUCCUCCGAAGCCACGCCGAACAUCCACAACAAGAGGGACUGGUACGGCGAGGCCCAGUACGGCUUCUACGACCUCCUGAUCUCCAAGCGCUCCAUCGAGAUCACCUCCAUCAACUGGAACGGCUACGAGAUCAUGACCCGCACCGUGUACCCCAAGAACUGA